AUGUCUAUGAAGCAGACUUCAGUUUUGCUGCUGAUACAGCUGAUGUGCUACUUUAGACUUGGAACUUGUGGAAAAGUGCUGGUGUGGCCCACAGAAUACAGCCAUUGGAUCAAUAUAAAGAUGAUUCUGGAUGAACUUUUGCAGAGAGGUCAUGAAGUAACUGUUCUGACAUCUUCAGCUUCCAUCCUUAUUGAGCCUAGCAAUGAAUCAUCUAUUAAUUUUGAGAUUUAUCCUGUACCUUUUAGUAAGGAUGAUCUUCAGUAUAUUUUUGAAAAUUGGGUAACUCAAUGGACAUAUGAUUUUAAAAAACAGUCACUUUGGACAUAUUAUUCAAAAAUGCAAAAAGUCUUUGGUGAAUAUUCUGAUAUUAUUGAAAGCUUCUGCAAAGUUGUAGUUUGGAACAAGAGUCUUAUGAAAAAACUCCAAGGAUCUAAGUUUGAUGUCAUCCUCGCAGAUGCUGUUGGUCCCUGUGGUGAGCUGUUGGCUGAAGUGCUUAAGAUACCUUUAGUGUACAGUCUCCGCUUCUGUCCUGGAUACAAAUGUGAGAUGUAUGGUGGGGGGCUUCCACUCCCUCCUUCCUAUGUGCCUAUGGUUCUCUCAGAAUUAAGUGACCACAUGACAUUUGUGGAAAGGGUGAAGAAUAUGUUGCAUGUGCUAUACUUUGACUUUUGGUUUCAACCAUUUAAUGAGAAGACCUGGAGUCAGCUGUACAGUGACGUUCUAGGAAGACCCACAACAUUAUAUGAAAUGAUGGGGAAAGCAGAUAUGUGGCUCAUUCGAACCUACUGGGACUUGGAAUUUCCCCACCCACUCUUACCUAAUUUUGACUUUGUUGGAGGACUCCACUGUAAACCAGCCAAACCAUUGCCUAAG